AUGGAGGGUGACGGUGACGGUGACCGCCCUUCGCAACGAGAAGUCCAUUAUCUGAAAGUUGACUACGCCGAUAUUGGGGGCGUGGGCCAGGCGUUCAAGCAGGCUGGCGUUGACACUGUGAUCUGUGCAAUUGGCGUUGUCACUCCGGAAACAAACCAAGCCCAGCUCAAUCUCAUACAAGCAGCGGAACAAUCAGAGCCAACGCGAAGAUUUGUCAUCAGUGGCUUUGAUAUGCAGCAUUUGAAAGAGAUAACUAUCGAAAGCCUUGAUAAGAUCAGCCUUGAGUAUACUCGCAUCGACAUGUCCAAGUUUGUCGCUCACUUAAUGGAUGUCGGCGAGUGGCCUGCGGUCAGCUUUAUCGCCUCUGAGACAUUGUCAUUCAAUCAACUCGUAGCGAUGCCGGAGAAAGCGCGAGGUGACUUGGACAAGCUGAAGUCGGGGUCGAUUUCUUUCUUUCAAGAGUUCCCUCAUAUCAACUUCGUCGAGAACCCUGAAGCCUUUUUCGCAACGAUUCACUACCAAGAUGGAUUAGAGCGAUAUCGGUUUCUAGAAAUCAAGAUGACCAGCGCAGCAGAGGUAAUGGAAUCGUCUUGGACAGGGAAAUAG